CGUGGCAUGCUUCCUCGGCCUCGCCGCCUGGGCGUUCACCUCAGGGCGCCCUCGUGGCUACGGCCGGACCCGCGUCGAACUUUUCACUAUAGUCGAUCACUGUGGGACUUCUUCGGAGAGGAAGCAAUCUGCAGGUAUCGCGCAAAGGGUGCCCGCUAAGCCCCUGCUUGUUCAUCGCUGUUCAAAUUGUGAUGCUGCACGACGCCCUGGACACGCUGGAGCUACAACCAGAGCCGGAGUAAGGGACAUUUUGUACGCGGAUGAUACUCUCUUGGCGUCGCAACAUCUUGGGAACCUGCAACUUAUGUUUGAAUCCAUUGUGACGGAAGGUCGCAAAUACGGCAUGAAACUCAAUUUUGAGAAGACGCUGCAGAUGAACAUGUCUUCAACAGGCGGCAUGCCCAAGAUCCUCGCUCAGCACAGCGACGUGCUCGUGCUGCUGGCGUGCCUCGCGGCUUUCCUCCUCGGCAGUGCCCGGGAGAGCAGCAGGAGGCCGGACCCCGCCGUCCUCCAGCUGGCGGACCCGGACCGCGCCCUGGAACGCACCGUGGAGCGUUUCGGCGAGCUGGUGAAGCAGGGCGGCCGCCCCGAUCGGGUGUCAUUCAACGCGGCGCUGAGCGCUUGCUCGCAGCUCGGAAGGGUGUCCGAGGCGCAGCAACUGUUCGAGCAGAUGCCGUCCUUCGGGCUGGCCCCCGAUGCCAAGGCCUACAGCACCCUGAUCAGGGCCUACGCCUCCAACAACAGGGCGCGAGAGGCGUUGGCCCUUUUCGAGUCGAUGCGGGAGGAGGAUGUCAAGCCCAACCGCUUCGCCUACCACGACGCGGUCUGCUGCUCCGUCAAGCUCCAGAGACUCGAGGACGCCAUCGCACUCUACAACGAGAUGAUUCGGUCGAAGGUGCCCGCAUGCGGCAGCACUUGCCAGUGUCUAAGUCAUGCCUGCCGGAAGCGUGGCUGGACGGACAUCGCAGACCAGAUCAUCGAGGACCUCGCGCGCGGGGAGAAGGCCGAGCUCGUCAUGGACGCGCCUUCGGACGCUUCCACAGAGUUCAAGGACGACGCGGCGGGCUCUGAGUCCGACUGA